AUGGAUAUUCAUAAUAAUUUAUCAAGACUAAAUAAAGAUUUAAUUGAUGCAAGUAAUGAGAAUAAAUUAAUUUUAAGAGAUAAUUUAAAUAAAAAUGAUGAAGUUGUACAAGAACAUUUAAAAUUACAACCUUAUAGAAUAUCAUUUACACAAGGACAAAUUGAUGCUUUAGAACAAGCUUUUAAUAUUACACAUUAUCCAGAUGUAUAUACGCGUGAAAAACUUGCACAAAAAAUACAAUUACCUGAAACAAGAAUUCAACUAUGGUUUUCUCGUCGUCGAGCAAAAUAUCGUCAAGAAAAUAAAAGAAAAGACCAUCAACCACCUCGAUCAAAGCUGUGA